ACGACUAGACAUGAAAAAAAGAAAUUAACGAACAUAAUAUUAUUAAAUCCUUUAAUAAUAAUAAAAUAAUGGAUUUGGUGUUCAGAGCGACGGUGUUGCUGUUUCUUUGUUGUUUGAAAAUGACGCACGCGGGACGGGUUCAAGCCGCUGUGAGUUUUUUAGCCAACGGGUCAUACCAAGAGAUCGAAUUGAAAUCCGAGUCCAGUCUGUCACUUCGCGACAUCUUGCCCGUGAAGGCAAAAUAUUACGACAAGAACAGAGCACCCAAACUCCUGGGUCAGCCGACUGUGGUAUACUUUCACGUCACCGUACUCUCCUUGGAUUCCAUUAAUGAAGAAAGCAUGACGUACGUGGCCGAUAUAUUUUUGGCACAAUCCUGGCGCGAUCCCCGACUGCGCUUACCAGAGAACAUGCACGAAGAGUACAGAAUCCUGGACGUAGACUGGCUGAACAGCAUCUGGCGUCCGGACUGCUUCUUUAAGAACGCAAAGAAAGUCACUUUCCAUGAAAUGAGCAUACCAAAUCAUUAUCUCUGGCUGUACCACGACAAGACUCUUCUUUAUAUGUCCAAAUUGACAUUGGUGCUUUCGUGUGCUAUGAAAUUUGAAUCGUAUCCUCACGACACGCAGAGCUGUUCCAUAAUGAUAGAGAGCUUGUCACACACAGUCCACGAUUUGGUGUUCAUAUGGAAUCUGACGGACCCAUUGGUGGUGAAUCCGGACAUCGAACUGCCGCAGUUGGACAUCGCUCAUAACUAUACCACAGACUGUACUAUUGAGUACUCCACUGGUAACUUCACAUGUUUGGCCGUUGUCUUUAAUUUGAGACGUCGCCUUGGAUACCACCUUUUCCACACCUACAUACCGUCGGCGCUCAUCGUUGUUAUGUCUUGGAUUUCAUUCUGGAUCAAGCCCGAGGCCAUUCCCGCCAGAGUCACCCUCGGAGUCACUUCAUUGUUGACUUUAGCAACACAAAACACUCAAUCUCAGCAAAGUCUUCCGCCGGUGUCGUAUGUCAAAGCCAUCGAUGUCUGGAUGUCGUCCUGCUCGGUGUUCGUCUUCUUAUCGUUGUUCGAGUUCGCCGUCGUGAAUAAUUACAUGGGCCCCGUCGCCACUAAAGCCAUGAAGGGAUAUUCCGAUGAAGACCUGUCCAGGGAUUUAGACGCUUUCAAGCACAUAUUUCCUGGAAGCACAGAGCCUCGAGCGAGUGCGGCUUCAGUGCCACAGUACGACACGUUCUGCAAUGGAAGGGAGACGGCCGUUUACAUAGAUAGAUUCAGUCGAUUCUUCUUCCCGUUCUCUUUCUUCAUAUUAAACGUGGUGUAUUGGUCCACGUUUUUGUAAAAUCAACGGAAAACUUACUAGUCACAUACUUUUAGUAGAUCCUUUAAUAGGUUUAGCUCGUUUUAAG